AAACACUUGGGGAGUUGAAAGAGGAGGCGGGCUCAACAAAAUGGCAACAGCAACAUCAUGCUCCACAAACGGUCAAGAAUCUGUAGAGGAAGAUACAAAUGAGGAUCCAGGAGCAGCACCUUAUGGAAACUUUAUCAACUAUUACACCUUUAAUCCUCCUGAAAACCGUCUCAGUCUGAUUCCAGUGACACUCCUUCAGGAUUUAGGUUACAGAGACGGUCAGAGAGACACACUGAUUCUGGACGUGGGAUGUAACUCAGGGGUAAGAGAGGCAACCAUAACAAAACUGUCAACAAACCAGGAUUUAAAAAAAAGAUUUACUUUUCUUUUUUUUUCAUUCAGUUUUUAUGUGCACUCUCCCACACUUCGACACAGUGGGUCAGGUAUGGAACAAUAAUCAAAUUAUACAAGUUACAAAGCUUUAUUAUUAGUCCUUUACUCUGUUUCACAUAACAGUUGUUUUUGCUAUUUUAACUUCUUUUCCAUUAAUAUGUGAUUUCCAGGUCAAUUUAUUAUGAAUAAUAACACCUAAUAAUUUUAUUUCAUUUACUCUAUUAAUUUCAAUACCUUCAAUAUUUACUGAAGCAUCAAUGUUUUUGCCUUUGUUAUCCAAUAGCAUAAAGUUUUUUUUCCCCCAGUAUUUAAAAAUAAUUUAUUUACAUCAAACCAGUGUCAAAUUUUUUUCACUUCUUUUCUGACCACCUCCAACGCAUAUUCUAGAUUUCUCCGGUAUAAAAAAAGGUGGUAUCAUCAGCAAAAAGAAUAAAUUUUAAGAGUUUUGAGACAUUAACAAUAUCAUACUAAAUAAACAGUUUUGGUCCCAGAACUGACCCCUGGGGCACCCCACAUGUUCAGCUGCAUAUUUCAGAUUUUACAUUAUUUGAACACACUUAUUUCUGUUUUCUAAAUAACUUGUAAUCCAAUGAUGUAAGUUUUUUUAAGAAGAAUAUUAUGGUCUAUGGUGUUAAAUGCCUUACUAUUUUACCUUUUAAAUCACCUUUAUGAAGCUUUUGCAUUUUCAUCCAGUUACUGAGGAACUAAAUUCAGCCCUUUUUUUGUCAUUUACCUGUCUGUAGGAUCUGAGUGUGGCCUUAUAUAAACACCUGGUCCCAGAGCCUGUCUGCACAGAGGAGUCACAGAAAGGCAAAGUUCACCUCCUGGGCUUUGACCUGGAUGAGCAGCUCAUUCAGCGAGCUCAGCAGGCCAACCCUCUGCCCAACAACAUCUCCUUCAUCCCUCUGGAUGUCACUCAGGACACACAGCAGCUGCAGGACUACCUCAAACAGCACAGCAGCUCCCACUUCCACCUGUGUGUAUGCCUGGCUGUCACCAUGUGGGUUCACCUGAACCACGGAGAUGACGGCCUGCUGCUGCUGCUCUCUCGCCUCGCCUCCAUCAGCCAGCAUCUCCUGCUGGAGGUGCAGCCUUGGAAGUGUUAUCGCAAUGCAGCCCGACGACUGAGGAAGUUGGGUCGCUCUGACUUUGAUCACUUUAAGACCCUAAAGAUUAAAGGGGACGUAGAGACGCAUGUUAGGGAGCACCUGGAGAAAAACUGCGGCAUGGAGUUUGUCCAGAUCUUUGGUGAAACAACGUGGUGCCGAAAACCGAUGCUCUUUAAAAGGAGAUGAGACUGAAGGAUGGUGCUGAGCUGUAGUCUUAACAAAUAAAGUCACUUUUUAUGCAGAUGUUCUAUUAUAUUUUUCUGUCUCAUGUUUACUGACAAUAUUAUCCUCGCUGUAACGUACUGUCUGUCUCUUUGGAGGAACUCUGUGUGGAGCUUCACAUGCAUACUGACCACUUCUAAACUUAGUGGUUUGCACUGAAGCUUUUACCCAAUUUGAGUUCUCACUUGACAAAAAAAGUAAACCGAUAAGCAUUUUGACAUUAAAAUCAGUUAAAUUUGCAAAGUAAUAGGCUGCUUUUUUUCUGCUACAAUACACCAAAGGAUCUUUUUCUUUCUUCGAUGAUCAUUCAGUGGAUGAAACAUCAGUGAAGGGUAAAAAUCGCUUACAAAAUCCCAGAACAUGAAAAGUUUUGACCAAGCAGCAUUUAGCACUGCAGAGAUGUUUGAUUUAAAAGAUGUAAAAACACAAUAAAGUAUAUUAAAUUGUCAAAAUAA